UAUUCUAUGUAGCAGCUCAUAUAUUCUUGUAGAAGGCUUAUAUCGGUUAUUUAACAGAUCAACUGAAAGAUAUCAGGAAAGGCAGAGAAUUUUGACAUAAAUACCAUCACUGAACAAUGAGUGACAACUGGGACGAUGGCUACGACUGGGAGAAGCUGCGCACAUGGUACUUUGUACCGGCGGCAGCCUUUUUCCUGUUGAGUAUCAAAGGACUACAACAUCAGAAGACGUCUGUGAUGGGCAAUGUGCUGGGGAUGAUAGGCAUGGCUGUCGCUAUCGGCGCCGCUAUAGCGAGUGUCUCUGAUGUGCUCGUGUGGGCCGUGGUGGUUGGAAUCGUCCCCGGUGGUAUCAUCGGUCUCCUGCUUGCUACGCGUGUUGCGAUGACAAGUAUCCCGCAAAUGGUGGGACUGCUGAACAGUUUUGGCGGUCUUGCAGCGGCGCUCGCUAGUUUGGGCGUGUAUGAGAAGAACUAUGAACAGUACUUUCAGUCCGAACUUGACUUUCAAGUUCACAACUUUAUCAUCUACCUUGGAGUGGCUAUUGGUAGUAUCACCUUCUGGGGAUCUCUUGUAGCCUGUGGUAAGCUCCAGGUAUGUUGA